AUGGACGCCAUUCAUAUUCAAACUCAUACAGAAAAUGGUAUUCAAGAAGAAAUUUAUAUGAAUUCCUAUCAUAUGAAGCCCAAAGAAGGUCAAAAAUUUGUAAAAAAAGAUGUGGAAGACAAACUAAAUGAAUUUUUACGAAGUGAAUUGGAAAAUGAGGAGUACGACGCAAACCAUUCGGUGGUGAGAUCAAAAGAAUUGAGUUCCAAAAUUUUAGAACUUCUAAAGAAAUGUGGAUACCCAAGAUAUAAAUUUAUUGUUCAAGUUGUGAUAACAAGUACCUCAGGGCAAGGAAUUAGAGUUGCCUCCAGAUUUUUGUGGGAUCCCUCUACAGACAAUUAUGCUUCGGCUUCCUUCAAGAAUAGCUCGUUAACUUGUGUUGCCAUGGUGUUUGGUUUGUUCUACGAAUAA